AUGCUUGCCAAUAUUGCUAUCACUCUUGCGGCCACGAUAACCCCUGUCCUUGCAUGCAAGGGAUACGAAGGUGGUCUCCCUACACCCACCUCGACUAAACAGAUCUCGGCACCCAUUUACGUCAAGAAUGGUGAAGUCUUUGAUGCUGGCUGGGCCAAGUAUGACCGAAACCCCAGCUCUUGCAGUGGGCAAGCUGAGGGUGGUGAGAAGGACACUGCUUUUGUUGUUGAGAGAGGCGGCACGCUGAGGAAUGUCAUCAUUGGCAAGACUGUUGGAGAAGGUGUCUAUUGCAAGGGUGGUGGCUGCAAUCUUGAGUUCGUCUGGUUUGAGGACGUCUGCGAGGAUGCUAUCUCUAUCGUAAACAGGGCCGGAGAUGUCACCAACAUUAUUGGUGGCGGUGCCUACCAUGCUAGCGACAAGAUCAUCCAGCACAACGGAUGUGGAAAGGUCAACAUCAUCAACUUCUACGCUGAGGAUUAUGGCAAAGUCUACCGUUCUUGCGGCACUUGCGAGAAGUGUGCCCGUGAAGUCUACAUUGAGGGUGUCACUGCCCGCAAGGGUGGUGAGGUUGCCGGGAUCACAAAGGCCAACGGCGACAAGGCUACGCUUGUCAAUGUCUGCACUGACGCCAAGACCCCCUGCCAGAACUACAGCGGUCCCGGCAAGAAGGAUGGCCCCUGCUAA